AUGUUGAAAACAUCCGACGAAGUGAAAACUCCUGAACUAUAUUAUGAGCAGGUAAGUGCGCAUCAAGUACUGACAGAUUUUCUUGAGAAGCAUGGAUUUGAGGUUGAGAGGAAGUACAAGCUUGAUACAGCCUUCAGGGCAGUGUUUGGUCAAGAUGGAACAGGUCCUCACGUGGCCAUACUGUGUGAAUAUGAUGCCCUGCCGGAGAUUGGACACGCCUGUGGCCACAACCUGAUAGCUGAAGUGGGCGUAGCAGCGGGUCUUGGUGUGAAGGAGGCGCUACAGGCAACAGGGACGGGAGGAAAGGUCAGUGUUAUAUCAUGUACUCAAGCGGAAGAGAAGGGUGGUGGUAAAAUUGAUCUCAUCAACGCUAACGUCUUCAAGGAUGUUGAUGCUGCGAUGAUGGCGCAUCCAGCGCCAUAUGUAACCGCAUUUCCUGUCUUCCUGUCCGCAGUAAAUUGGGCGACUUCAUUGUUUCCAGGUUCGCCUGAAGCACAACCAUACACGCUGGACAUUGGGAAGGCCCUCGCCAUGACGGCUGUUGAC